AUGACACAUAAUCACUUUCGGCUGCAACAACUUUAUUUAAUUUUAUUUUCAUCAUUAAAAGCAUUAAUAUUGUAUGACAUGUUAUCCGAUUGGAUAGAUUGGACAACCAUUUGGUUGGUAUCGUUAUACGAUAUUUAUGCUGUUUUAUAUCCUCAUUCUAUAGAAAAUAUUUAUCUUCGGGUUGAAAGAAAAACGCGAUACACAUUCUUCUAUUAUACUAACGAUAAAGAAGAUGAAAACGAUCCAUGGCAGUAUUCAAGUGGUUUCCUUGGCUUUGAUGAUUUGGUCUUUUACAGUCUAUUUAUGUUAAAAGUGACAGAUUCUCAUAAUUUGAAUAUUGUUAUUGCCUGUUAUUUAUCCACCAUCAUUGGGGCUUGUAUAAUACCGACAUUUAUCGUUCAAAAUUUCAAGAUUAUUGAUAUUUCAGGUUUACCGAUACCAAUUUUAAUCCUUAAGAGACAGUCCAUACUGCCGUUGAUAAACUCGACUAUCGGGUGA